ACAAAAACAAAAACAAAAACUAAAAUAGCCCCCCCAAUUCGUUUAUCUCGCGCCGUCUCUCUGUCUUGUUUUAGAUCCCAAUUUUACCACCUAAUUCACCCGGCUAAUUUAAGGAAGUUGUAGAGGGUUUAUUUAUCAAAGUAUGAUUAAUUCGGAGAUUAAGACUAUUGAGCUUGGGGCUAAUGUAGCUGGUGCAACAAUGUUUCAUAAACAACCAGUUUUAGCACCGAAAAAGAUUGCAUUGAGAGAUGUGCAGAACAAUAAUAACAACUUAACACGCGAGCCCCUUCAAGAAAGUUUGCUACCGACUGAGGGACAGUCGUUUUUGGAUGCAUCGAAAACAAUUGGAACUAAAAGGCUUACACCAGACUAUGCUUCACCUUUAUUGAACAAUAAUGGUGCACACGAGCCUUUAAGUUAUCCGCGUAAGAAGUUUGAAUUUGAAGGAAACCGAGGAAGAACUGUGGGCAGUACUGAAAAGAUUGCAGGGUAUCAACAAUCUGCAAGUUUACCCCAAGUAAGCCACUUAAAUGGGAAGAGUCUGCAUUACGGUACUUCAGUGACCCAAACCCCAAUGGGUUCGAAGACAUCUGUUGCUCGGUUUAAAGAGUCUAGUGAGGAUCAAAGGACAGACCGGUUUAUCCGCUUGCAGAAUUUUAUCAAGCAGUGUGACGGGUCUAAUAACAGAGAGAAUAUUCAAUUUCUCCUGCGUUUAUCACCCUCAGAGCUGAGCAAGCAUGCAGUUGAGCUAGAGAAAAGAGCGAUUCAGCUGACAAUAGAUGAAGGAAAAGAGAUGCAACGAAUGCAAGCAUUGAAUAUUCUGGGGAAGUCUUCGACAACCAGAAAUCAAAUGCCAAUAGCACAACCCAUCAUCCCACACAAGAACUGAAUUCCAUCUGCAAAUAGGUUGUCUACUCGUUUUACAUGACUAGGAAAUAGUGGCCUUUCAGCGUCAGAAUUUCUAGGUAUAUUUACGGUUCCUAUGUCACACUUUUGUUUUAGUUUUUUUUUUAUUAAUUAUUGUUAGCAAAUUUUGUAUCUUACAAAAUGAUUUCACGCAAUAUUUAAUGUUAGUACUACUUUUUUUGCUGC